GGUUCAAUGUCUCCAGGGAUGCCCCAGCCAACGGAGGUGAAAAAUAAGCAGCUACUGGAUGUGAGUGCUGACCACUUAGGGGGCAGGGAGGCCCAGGAGAUCCCCCCUCUGAAGAACUAUGUCUACCUUACCAUCCUCACUUGCUUCUGCCCAGCCUGGCCUGUCAACAUCGUGGCUCUGGUCUUCUCUGUACUGUCUCAGAACAGUUAUGAUGAGGAGGACUAUGCGGGUUCCGAGAGGCUCGGUAGGAAAGCCUUUCACAUGGCGAUAGCCUCCAUGAUCAUUGGCCUCCUGAUCAUCCUGAUCUUAUCCAUAGUGCACUUUACCACGGUACGAUUACAACCAUCAGUGUACCUGAAUCCAUUCUCAUGA